CCUGGUCCCAUGUUCCAGCCUGGCUGGUCAUAAAAAGGGAUUGAAAGGCCUUUUCGAAUUAAUAAUCAUUAGUCUUGUUUCGAUGUCGUCUGAGUAUGGACUGCAGGAGUUUUGCCCACAGGCCUUCUUAAAGUCAGCGUACCAACACAGCAGUCCAAAUUCUUGAUCCAGCCUUAUGCGUUCUGGUGAGGUGUUCAAAAUCAUCAAUUCUUGCUCUAUGCUAGUCCACCUGCAUCCAUGCUCUUGACAGUUGCAGGUCACCGUACAAAUCACUCAACAUGAGUGUCAGAAAUUACGAUCAAAAGAAGGACGAAACGUUCGAAAAGGAGGCCUGGAAUGCUGCACGAGCAGUGUUUUCUGGAAGCCAUGAUCCAAUCAACUUCCAGCCCUUUCUCAAAGACUAUACAACGCCAGAAUCAUGCCGGAGUUCCGUCGUACAAGCACAAAAAGAUGCCAACUCCGAGUAUAAUGGAAAGCUUGGUGCUAUCCUUGACAAGGUCGACCAGUUCAUGAAAGUGGGAGAUCUUGCCAUCAAGUCAGCCCCUGAAAGUAUCGGCCUUGCUUGGACCGGCAUCAGACUCUGCCUCCAUUCGGUACAAGAUGACUUUGCCACCUUCAGUCUCUUCUCCGGAGCAUGCGCAGAUAUCUUGGGGAUCCUCAUCUCCUGCCGAGUGUACGGCGGCUUGUAUGCAAGUCAGGACCACCCUCCGGAAUUUACCGAACUUCACGAGAAGGUGUUGAGCUACAUCAAAGACACCUAUGUGAACAUCAUCGAGUUCUCAUAUCAGAUGUGGAAAUAUGCCCGAUCCAAUGCAGGCGUGCGUGUCAUCAAGGGCUUGUUCCGUAGCGCCCAGGGCAAGUUCCAGCCCAAGAUCAAAGCCAUCAAAGACAAUGAAGCGCAGAUGAACAAGUAUGCCUCCCAAGCAAACCAGCAAGUCUCGCAGUAUUACCAAAAGCAAGGCCUGGACAAUGACCAAACGAUGAUGAAGGGCUUGUCCGACCAAAUGGAAAUGCUACAGGCACUGCAAGAGGAGGCCGCCAAACAAAACCAGUUGAUGGAGGAAUUGAUGAAGAGGGACGAGCUUCAUCGGAAAGACCAACGUAUGACUGCGGCAGAGAUCACGCAUGAAAACUGGGAAAGGCAAAAGAAGGAACUACCGUCUCUCGACGACAAUCUGCAAGUGCUGGAAUCUAAACUGAAAGCUCGCAAGCCAGGAACCUGCGGCUGGAUUCUGGAAAACACCAAAUUCCAAGACUUUGUAAAGGCGGAAGGUGGUAACGUUACUUGGCUGGUCGGCACAGGUGGAUCUGGAAAGUCUUUUCUCAUGUCUGUGGUGGUUGAAGACCUCAAGAACAAGGCCCACAGACACGAUUCUCUGGUGCACUACUUUUUCAUAUCCAAGGGUUCUCAAGCCACGAUGCAGGCUGAUCAGAUCGAGCGUCAUCUGCUUGCGCAGCUCUACCAAGAUGCAGCUCAAUCACUGGACGUCUUGGACAAGUGCAAUAAGGUUAUGGCGGAAUAUAUCGAACACCAAAAGAAGAGCACUACCAAAACCACCAGCAAGAAAGCAGGAGACGGUCCGGCUGGAUUUGAACAGACCUACACCGCUCUCGCCAAGCUCAUCAACAAGCGAAUCUACCUGAUGAUAGACGCUUUGGACGAGUGCACCGACAGAGAGACACAAGAAUUCAUCCAGACGAUCAAGAAACUAGCCAGUACACAUGGCUUGAAGGUGAACAUCUACACCAGCAGCAGAGACGAACCUGAUAUUGCUGCUGUGCUAGAAAAUUGUCCAAGAAUCAGUGUGGAGGAGAACAACUCAAAGGAUAUCGCCGAGCAUGUCCAAGCUGAGAUGGCCAAAUUACCAGGAUUCACGCCAGCAGAACGUGAAGAAGCUUGUCGAGAAAUCACCCAAAAAGCCGGAUGCUACUUUCGUUACGUGGAGCUGGCCAUGGAUUUCAUGCGUCGCCCUUGGCGGAGGCCUUUAUCAGCACAUCUUGGAUCUUUACCUUCAGGUGUCGAAAACAUUUAUGCUCAGCGCCUCAAUCAGACCAAUCCUGCAUACUACGAUCUGCUCACCCACUGCCUCACCUGGACCAUCCUUGCCGGAGAAGAAUUGAGUGUCCAAGAACUCAUCGAUGGCUACAAGGGUAGUUUCACGGAUGGGGAAUCCGACCCAGGGAAUAACGACGACGAAGAAAACGUGAAUCUGGAACUAUAUGAGGACCAAAUCAGGCAAGCUGGAAGUGGCUUCCUUCGGGUAAAUCCUGACCACACAGUGAGCUUGGUCCACAACACCGUGCGAGACUUUUUCCUGCGAUCAGACAGCAUUACCAAUGGUAGUACAACAUCAGAGGGUGAGCCUGAAUGUCAGUGCGCCAGAUGCCAAAGGGAGUUGAUACGCAGCAGACAAUUUGUCGUUUCGGAAAGAGAAGGUCACAUGCAAAUCAUCACCACAAUUCUGCAGCAUCUGCUGUCUCCGUCGUUUCAGCGCAAAUACUAUGCUAAACCUCAGGAUGAAUCGAGCGGCAAGGAAAAUGAUCAAGCACAAGUGGAUGGUGAGAAACCAACUGAUGUUGUCCAAAACGAGAAUGAUGCAGCGCCGGAACAAGCAGUAUCUGGAGAUUCAGCACCAGGAGAUGGGACAUCAGGAGAGACAGCGCCAGCAGAGGCAACACUUCCAGAGGCAACACCAGCAGAAGCUCAGGACGAGCCUGUUGAGAUCAAUGGCAUCCAAAUACCGAAUCAAAGUCCAGACGAGCAAGCCGAGGGUCUCGACGGUGUACAGCAAAUAUCGGAGCAUCAAUCCGAGGAAGCAACAACAAACAAGCCGUCAAAGGUCAGUGGUGAACCAUUAACCAAUGGUGUCUCCGAUGACCUGGACUUAAAGCCAGCCGAAAACGAUGGUGGUUCAGACCAAGCACAAGAAAAAGGUAAACCCCCGGAAGGAAAAGAAACCGAAAACACCAACAAUGCCGGUACGGCAGAUGAAGCCACAGAUGAACAGUCUGUGGUAGACAGCGACGAGAACGUGGACUUGACGGACCAGGAUCGAGCUCGGCUUUGGGACUUGCAGUCAGAUUCCGACGACUUCCCGGCACGGUACGAAGUUUCAAGACUGAGGUGGCAUUUGACCCAGCUGGAAGAUAUCUAUCCCGCCAACGAAAGGUCUGGUGAGCAGUGGAGCAAGUUGCGCGAGCUUCUCGAAAGAUUCCUGGAUCCAGAAUCCGAGGCGUGGAGAGGCUGGAUCAGGACGUUGUGCGCUGCAGGCCUCGCCAUUGACUCCAUCGAAAUGUAUGGUGACAGUGACGUCAAGGAAUUACAUCCUCUAGUGUUUGCUGCGUGUUGUGGCUUGACCAGCCUGGCGAAUAUACUCUUAGCCCGCCCGAAUGCCUCAGAAUUCGUCAACCUAAAGAUGCCAGAGGGGAUGAGUGUGUUGUCUUUUGCGGUCACUUAUCAAUUGACCACAGAAAAGGGCCUAGAUUCUCUCUUCCUGGCUUUGCUGGAAGCUGGGGCGGACCCAAAUACUAACAAUCAUUGGGAUGAAGAGUAUGUGGGAAGCUCCUUUCACUUCCUCCUCUUGUGUCGAACAGUCACCUUGGCGCAGCUUAAGAUAUUCCUCGACCACAAGGCUGAGAUCAACACACUGGACGAAACUGGCAACAAUGCCUUGCACUUCUUCGCAUUGGGAGAAGCCGACCUUGAGAUAGGUGAGGCCUUGGUCAAUGCUGGCGCGGAUAUACACCUCCAAAAUAAGAGAGGCGAGAGCAUCAUGCAUCUCCUCGCCCGGCGAGACAACUGUCGCGUUGACAUAAUGCGCUACUUCAUCGACAAAGGGGCCAAGGUCGACGAAGAGGAUGAUGCAUCGGAAAGGCCAUUAUUGGAGGCCGCCCAAGCAGGACAUUGCGAGGCAGUCAGAUUGCUGCUCGAACACGAAGCCGACAUUGAGGAUGUGAAUGAAUUCGACCAAACUGCACUUUUUGCCGCCGCAGUGGCUGGAAGGACGGAGGUGGUUAAAGUGCUUCUUGAGAAAGGAGCAGACCCUCUGAAACGAAAUUCCCUAGGCGCCACUCCCUUCGGGAUGGCUUGCAGACAUGGCGACGCCGAGUCCGCUCUGCUGUUGGGCAAAGCAAUGGUGGAAAAAGGGGAAACCGAGCAUCUCAACUGGCAAAAUGCCUCGGGAAAGACACCACUUAUGAGAGCUGCCUCUCGAGGAAUUUCGAACGUCAUUGACUUCAUCCUUGAUCAUGUCGACGCACAGGCUGCUCUCACAACCGUGUCCAAGAAAGGCUGGUCGCCCUUGCACUACGCGGCUCUGAGGGCUCGUCCUGAAGCGACAACGACACUGCUGAAACGCGGGGCAGACAGUCAAUGCAAGGAUGUACAGGGGAAGACACCGCUUCAGGUGUGUUAUGCGAAGAUCUGGACCAAGCCGGAUGAGGACCGGGAGAAAACGAUAUCUGCCUUGAUUGACCACGACCAGCAAGCUGCCAUUGCAGAGAUCGAGCUGCUUCACACGCUGGCCAUCAACGACUCACCCGAGCUCGUGGCAAAACUCCUGGAAUAUGGCGCCAAUCCUUAUGCCACGGAUGAACAUGGCUGGAACGUGCUCCAACUAGCGGAGCAGUACGACAGACCAGAGGUGGUCGAAGUGAUCAAAACCUCCAGGCUCAAGACGGGUAGCCGACCCUCCAAGUUCGUGGGGAGCUUCUCAGAUGUGGUGGUCUGUUCUCCGUCUGGCCUGGAGAUUGAGCUGCUUGAACGAGGCAAGACCAUCCCUGAGACAUCGGAUAUGCCCCUGUGUUACACAACCGACCAGGCAUUCAUUACCGAACACCCCAUCCCGGCAUCGGCCGAGCGCUACUACUUUGAAAUGACCAUUGCGGAUCGAGAGAUCAAGGCCGACGAUCCCGUGUUUGUGAUUGGGAUCACGCAAAAGCCCACCGGAUCCCCCAAGCAGUGGUUCCCGGGGUGGUCGAAACCCGGCACAUCGAGCUGGGGCUAUCACAGCGAUGACGGAAAGAUAUGGUGUUUUGCAGACCCUCCCAAGAUCAAAGACCCCGGGUCGGCGAGGAAAUACGCAUACGGUGACACGGCGGGAUGCGGGAUUGACGUGAAGAAGCGGACGGUGUUUUGGACAUUGAAUGGGCAGAGGCUGAUGGAGGCCGGGUUCCAGAACGUGCGUGGCCAGAUCUAUCCAGUGGUCGCCCUCAGGGACGUCGGCAAGGUCAAGGUCAACCUGGGCCUGAACUUGAAGGACGAGCCUUUCUUGUGGGCGCCGGGUGUCACAUGCGAUUUCGACAGCGACGUACCUGCCCCGACUUUGAGAAGGUCAAAGUCUGAGCACUGAGAGGUGGACAUGCACUUUAGAAGGAUUGGAUCAAGUUAGAGACCACAGUCAUUGAAAUUGGAUGUGUUCGGAAGUGUCUCGACUCUCAAGACGUUGCUCUGGACUUGUGAAAGUGCUCUAUAGAGAUGGAUCUUGACCGAGGCCAGCGUUGAAUCUCAGGAGACUUUCAGUCCUCAUAGGAUGGCAAAUGUCAGUUGAGACUUUCUAGGUAUUCAUAAACUAUCCCCAGCGACGACACCUUGAAUGACGUCUGCCAUAUAGUCCUCAAUCCAGCAAGGAGAACCAUGCCAUC